CCUACUCCUACACCCAUCCUUACCGUGUUUCCACAAGUUACUCCCACGACUAGUGUUAACCAAUCAGUUCCUGUAGAAACCUCGCCAGGUGUACAGAGCUCUAGGCAAAGCAAUGACAUCAAUGACGCAAAUGACCAAGUUGAUGCCGAUUCAGAGGGUCAUACAAUUGAAGGAGAACCAGUUGGUGACUUUGUUCCUGCGCCCCGAAAGGAAGUCCGCAAGAAAACCAUAGGGCUUGGCUUAGAGAAGAUGAUAAAGAGAGGAAACAAGCUGCCUAUCCAAGUGGCUGAAGGGAAGAAAAGACCUGAUGUCCCACUUCAAGCAGCGAAGCUGGCAUCAGAAACUGGUGUAGCUCUUAGAGACAAGCUGCCUAUCUACACAUCUUGGAAGCUUUAUGAAAAAGAUGGGGGGCCAGUAGAAGUACAAAAAGUGCUUGAUAAAGUGGCGAAUAGGUUGGAUGUGGAUGUUAAGAAUGAUGGACCAAGCAAAUCUGCAUGCACUGAUAUCAUUAAGAAGGGAGUAAAGCAGCAGAGGUAUCACCUAAAAAGGAAGUACUUCGACGAAACCUCCACCUAA